AGAUCCAGCUGGGUUUGGUCUGACCAUCAUCAUCCUCGCUGGCUCCUCUUUCCUCCAGUUUCCUCGGGAAAAUCGGACCGUAUCCGCCGCUACCUGGAGGAUUUACCGACACUUUCUCCUCUGAGCGCGAGUCAAAGCCUCCAGCCCGCCGGAAAUAGCCUGAAAUCUUUAUUUCCGCUCUUUAUUUCUGCCUGUGAAGCCGAAGAGAGGAUGUCUGUCGCGGGGUUGAAAAAGCAGUUCCAUAAAGCCACCCAGAAAGUCAGCGAGAAAGUCGGAGGAGCAGAAGGAACCAAGCUGGACGAUGACUUCAAGGAAAUGGAAAAGAAGGUGGACAUCACCAGCAGAGCGGUGCUGGACAUCAUGACCAAAACCACAGAGUACCUGCAGCCCAAUCCAGCAUCCAGAGCCAAGCUGAGUAUGAUCAACACCAUGUCGAAGAUCCGCGGCCAGGAGAAGGGGCCCGGCUACCCGCAGGCCGAGUCCAUCCUGGGAGACGCCAUGCUGAAGUUUGGCCGGGAUCUGGGAGAAGAGUCCUGCUUUGGCCUGGCGCUGAUCGACGCCGGCGAGGCCAUGAAGGAGCUCGGCGAGGUGAAGGACGCUCUGGACAUGGAGGUCAAGCAGAACUUCAUCGACCCGCUGCAGAACCUCCACGACAAAGACCUGAAGGAGAUCCAGCAUCAUCUGAAGAAAAUGGAGGGUCGGCGUCUGGACUUCGACUACAAGAAGAAACGUCAGGGAAAAGUCCAGGACGACGAGAUCAAGCAGGCGCUGGAGAAGUUCGACGAGAGCAAAGAGAUCGCCGAGCAGAGCAUGUUCAACCUGCUGGAGAGCGACAUAGAGCAGGUGAGCCAGCUGGCAGCGCUGGUCCAGGCCCAGUUGGAAUACCACAGCCGCUCCUCAGAAAUCCUCCAGCAGCUCUCCAGCAAGAUGGAGGACAGGAUAAAAGAAGUGUCCAGUAAACCCAGGAAGGAGUACACUCCCAAACCCAAGAUGACUCUGGAGCUCCUGCCCCCCAGCGAGAGCCACAACGGGGGGAUCCACUCGGCCAAAUCCCCGGGGAAAUCACCAGCGCCGAUGGACCAGCCCUGCUGUCGAGCGCUCUACGACUUCGAGCCAGAGAACGAGGGCGAGUUAGGCUUCAAGGAGGGCGACAUCAUCACUCUGACCAAUCAGAUCGACGAGAACUGGUACGAGGGCAUGAUCAACGGCCAGUCGGGCUUCUUCCCCAUCAACUACGUGGAUAUCCUGGUGCCGCUGCCCCACUAGUGUCCGGUUCUUCCCUCUCGACCAAUCCGGACACCCGUGAAACAGCCUGUAUUUGCAGAAACGACAAACCACGCCCUCCUUCUACUUCUUCUUCUUCUUCUGUGCUUCUGUGCAAUUCUGCUUUCACUACAAUGGACCAAACCGAGAGAGGCGCUGGACAAGACAGGACUUUCAAAAAGAGACGAUGAGGAGAGGAGGAGGAGACUAUAGGGUAAGCGGUGCAGCAACGGAGAACUGAAAGAGACGAGAAGAUGGAGAGAUGUUGGUCUGUUAAAGCAUGGUGCAUAGCCUGGCAGCAAUGGACACCAAUGAGGCUUUAGAGACUUGCAAACAAGGCACAGUGUAUUAUGUACAUGCAUGUCUGAAUGUGUGUUUCAACCUGUCUGUACUCCGUUAUGACGAAGCCAGCACAAAUUCCUGCUCAUCGGUUACCAACCUGACAGCUUUUCCUCAUCUCUUUGCUUUGACUUCUUCUGCUUUUCUAGAAGUUUUCAUUUUUGCUCUCUCCGUCUUACUAGCACUGCCUUUUAGCAUGGCUCCGUAACCUAUAGAGCUACAGCUGUUGUCAUUUUACUAACUCUGCCUUUCUCGGAGUCGGCGUAGAUUUUCAGUUCAGUGGUUGAAUGCAUGGACCAGCCACAUCAACGGUUUAGGAGAUUAGACCCAGUUCCAGGGUGAAUACGAGGUUUAAUCUUUGAGUUUAUCUGUCUUGGAUGGAAACUUUAGCAGAGUUUUAGAAGACAGCAGCCAUGUUGGGUCGGUGAAAGAGAGGAAAACCUUGAGGUUGCCGUGUUCUACAGCGGCUAAAAUAAACUGGUAACCAUUUGUAGAAAGAUUUGCACUGAGCUACAGAGAGGUUUUGUUUUUCUGUCCUUCUAGAGUCACAUCUGUUGGUUUUAAAGUGUGGAGCUGUUUGCAGAUUUGUCUAGUUCCCUGCCUUUGCACGCGAGAAUGACUCGCUGAAAUCUUAACGUUUAAUGUUCAGGACUUUGGUCCAACAUGCAUUCAGUUCAGAUGUUGAUCACUGCCUCCCUAAAACGACACAUAACUGUUGAAGUAGGAAACAAAAUAGUUUACAGAAAACUCAUCUUCUGCAGCAAUUACAAUUUUCAGUAAUUUCACCAACAACCAGUUUUUACCAUCAGUCAGAUUUUAACAUAAAAUUAAAAUGAUUAAUUAGGCUUCUUAGGAAUACAAAAAUGCUAUUUCUGAUCAUCUAUAUCAGAUAAAAAAUGUCACUUGAAGGAGUUUGACUUUGAUUUCUGCAUUAAUGAGAUUUAUUGGAAGGAGUGAACUCUAAAUACCGUCAAUGACCAAUUCUGGCCUAAAAUAUGAACUCAACUUUAAACAAAAACACAAUUUCAUCACUAAAACAUAAUUAAAUCUUGUUUUUAUAUAUAGUUUGAUACGCUGAUCAUUUUCUGUACUAUAGCAACUAUUGCUAGCCUUUUAUUUCCUAAUGUUAUUUGGGUUAAAGUUUAUAGUUACAACUAUUUGCAAGAUAUUGCAUCAUCAAAUUCUGUUUAAAUGCAUCAACCAAACUUAUUAUGUUUUUAACAUUAUCAUAUUUAAUUUCCCUUUGGGAUCAAUAAAUUAUUCUUUAACUGACCUGAACAAUAUUCAUUUAAACAAAAAAUAUAGAAUUAGGUUUUCUAUCUUCAAUGGUACAGAAGAUCAGAAGGUUAUUUUUAUUUUAUUUUUGACUUGGUCGAGUCAACAUAAACAUUAAAACGCUAAACGUGCCAGAAUGUCGUCGCCGGUCUGAAACUCCCUCCAGGUUUCCAGCUGGAUGGGGAAAAUCCUAGAACCUCAAUGGUGCUCUGAGAAUUUUGUUCUGGUUCUAGAAAUUUCAGCAGAAAAUAUACAAGAUAUAGUUUGGGUUUGUUCAUAAAACCAGUUUCAUUGUUGGUGGUAAAUAUUGUCCAUACUUGUUCUAGUUGAUGUAUAAUUAGACGGGACAGGACUGGUACUACAGUUACUUGUUUUAGUUUCUGGAUCAGUAGCGUUCUUUGUAUUUGGGUUUAAAGGUGUUUGUUACAACCUCAUGAAAGAGAUUAAGUUGGUAACUGUUGCAUAUAGCUCUUCAAUAAUACAGUAGUUUAUCAAGCAGUUAAGCUAUACUGGUAGUAAUAAAAAAUACAUUCAUAAAAAACCUUUAGUUCACUUAAAUGCUUUAGUGAAACAUCUGAGAUGUUCGAUUUUUGACUUAAUGCUAGUUACAUGUUUUUAACAUCUAGAGGUUUAAGAUUAGCAUGUGUUCCAGAAGCCAGUUGAAAUUCACAUACUGAUGAGGCAUAACUGUUUCAAAGUUUUGAUUUUGCAAAACUGAAAAGGCAUUUUUACAUUUCUAGGAGUUUUGCUAGCAAAAAAUAUAACCGGAGUGCUAAAUGUUGUACUUGCGGCUUCCUCUUGUACCAUAGUGCUAUUUUUAAACAGCUCCAAAUUUACAUUAAGACUUUUUUAAUUCUAAUAUUUAGCAUUAAUUUUAAAUGCAAACUCUUUUAUCCUGGUAAUAAUUGCAUUUAACAAACAAUAUCAGCAGGAAUCUGUGCUAGCAAAGCUAAUGCUAACUGUGUAAAGAGUGGCUAAUCACACACAACCGUUAGCAUCAUAUAUUAGUGCUUUAAUGACAAUGUUGAGCAGAGAACUCAUCAGUAUACACUGGCUAAAUACUGAAUACCUCAUGUAACAUUAAGCGAAGUUAGCAACGUCUUUUGGAUUAGACUGUCAGAGGGUCAUUCUUCAUUUAUAAGCACUGCUCGCUUUUGUCACGUCUUAUUAGUUAAAUUAUUUUAAAUAGGUAACCUAACGUCUGUGGUAACAUUUUAACAUGUUACAUGGUAAUAUGGACUUAUUUCCAUUAGUAAGGAUUUGGAUACAAGUAAGAUAUAAUUGUUUUUGUAUUGACUUUUGUAUUGAGUUUUAAAACAGACACGUGAGUAUCCUUCAUAUACUAUCCAUCUAAAUUCAGUUGAAAAAUAUCGCAAGUAUUACUUCUCUCUAAAUUUCCAGUUGUUUUAAUAAUAACAACACAGACUACUGAUUUUUGUCUUCAGAAUAUUUGCAUUGUUCUUCAGCUUUCUUCAACUGGACAGAAGCAACUUUACCUCAUUAUUGCUUUAUCAAAUGACAUUAGAAUCAAGCCGGUGAUGAAAGGAUUUAACAUGUCAUACACUAUUUUGGCUGGAGAAUAGUGAACUUUGAAGCUGUAAAAACAAAAAAUAGAGUAUUUUAGACAUGAAUGCUAAUAUUAUGAAACUGCAGUGUCAAGCUUACCACAGAGAUCUACCGUCAAAUAAACAAUAAACACCAUGGCAAUAAAUGACGCAACAAUAAAAUUUAACAUUUCAAUAAGAACACAAGCUAUUAUCUAUCUAUCUAUCUAUCUAUCUAUCUAUCUAUUGGCUAGAUAGCUAGCUUGCAUGCUAGCUCGCUAGCAAUCUGUAGAUAAGUCUAUCUGUUAGCUAGCUAGCUUGCAUGCUGGCUAGUGGUCCCAGCUAACAGUCUAUCUAUCUAUUGGCUACUUAGCUUGCAUGCUAGCUAGUUAUUUCUAGCUCUAACAGUCUAUCUGUUGGCUAACUAGCUUGCAUGCUAGUUAGCAAUCACUAGCUAACAGUCCGAUGUGCGACACCAAAAUAAGACUAAUGAACUUUCUCUGCCACAUUCUAGCUACUCCUAAACUGUUGCAGGUUUUAGAAGAUGGAGGUUUGGAGCACAAUGUAUGUUCAGUGUUUUUCUUUUUUAUUUUAUGUUUUUUAAAAAUUUUUCUACCUUUUUUUCAUUGCGUGAACUUCUGUGUCUAAAAAUCUGAUUUUCAGAUUCUGUCUGUGGAAGGUUUGUGAGCUGCACGCAACCGAAGCGCUUAAUGUUUGCUGUCAAGGAUGGCUGUCCAAACACAAAAUCAGUAAAAAUACGACUAGUGAGACGUCUGUCUCAGCUUUCAUUGUGAGCAAUUAGCUUAUUUUAGAAAGUGCUAUAUAAUUGCUCCGUGGGCAAGCUUUUAUCCCACUUAGGUCUAAGCAUUCCUAUUUAAACUACAAAGUGCUUUAUGACUUUUUUAUUUUCUGUUAAAUGUCUUAAUUUAAUUCGGCCCAGCUUUUACCUGUUUCUGUUUUCUGUCUUUGCCGAUUUGCCCUCUAUGGCGACAUGUAUUCUAACCUCAAUGAGGAACUUGUUGUACAGUGUUAUUCUCCAUGUUCACUAUUCACUUACGUGAGUGUCAGACCUCGGCGACUUUACUUGCCUCUUCUUAGUUUUCAGCGUAAUGUGUGGACUGAAGGAUAAAACGUAGCACUUAAACCAAACCUGGUUUCAUCUCAGCCUUUCAUCGGUUGGAAGCUAGCAAAAACACUCAUCUGGGGUGACCUUCAAACUAUUUAGGAAAGGAAAAAAGCUGAGCAUUGAUAUUAAAAUGCAAUGCUUUUUCAGUUUGAGUUUAAAUUGAGACUUUUUCAUCUGCCUUAGUGUUUUAGUUUUUUUAUGGGGGCAUUAAAAGAUUUUAUUGAAUGGAGUUAGCCUCUUUCUGCUUCGACGGCACCAAAACAGACAUUUUUCUCCUGUAAUUCAAUUGCAUCAUCAUGACGUAAAUUAGUGCAGCUUUCCAUUUACUUCAAAGAUAGGAACUGUGAGCCCCGAAAGAGCCAAAGAAGAAAAAGCAAAAUGUGCUUUAGCAAGACCCUGACUUGUUUGUGUAAGAUCCCAGAAAGGCUUUGCAAAACCCCUUCAAGUUUUCUUAUGACAUCAGGCAAAGAUUUGCAAGAUCCGAGGAGUGAUGAAAUCCCACAAAAGUUUUAUUGGAUAAAGCAAAAGUUAAAAAGGAUUAAUGCAAUUAGUCUUCAGUAAUUGCAGUCCUAGUCACUGCCCAAGUGUUGUUGCAGUUUGUCUACAUUGAUGAACAUUUAAAUGAAACUCAAACUUAUGAUUUAUUUGUCUUGUCUCAGGCCUAAACCACAUGUGGGUCAAUAUCUGGUCAAACGAAUACAUUUUUAUGUGUUUUUGCCUUUUAUCCACACAAAAACUCUGUUUAAUAUCACUAAAGUGAUUAUAAAAACUCCAAACAAAGUGGAGAUUUGGGAGAACUCCGUAUUUAACAAAAAAUCAACAAUAUAUCCACAAACCUCGUUUGACACAUUUCCCAAUCGACAGUCUUAUUUUAAUAACUUUAUAUUCUAAUGCACUAUUUAAAUAUAGUUCAACCCAUUAAUCUGCCCACACAAAUGAACCUCCUGGCGCCAUGUUUAAUUCCUAACAGGAAGUCGUGAUUGUUUUGAAACAAUCUGAUCAGCUGACAGGUUGUAGUUUGGCGUUACACUGCCCCCUAUGGGUUUGGCAUGCUUAAUACAACGCUCAGGGGUGAAUUUGUUUGGGUUCAACUGGAUGAAAACGUAUAUGAAACUGAUCCUGUGUGUAUGAUAUUAUUUUUUUAAUAAAUGUGGCGUAGAGAUUUGUUUAUAAAAAGACAUGGCUACGUCUUUUUAUAAACAAUUACAGAAUUAUUGGUGAUUCUGAAACUAUUAUGGUUUUACCAACACAUUUUAAUAAUUGUAUUUAUAUUUUUUCACAUGUUCUGAUCAUUUUGAGAGCGGGUGAUGAUCAUAUGUGUUUCCAUGGCUAAUGGAGGUGGAAGUCACACAUUUCUGAUGCAGAGUCUUUCCCUUAUCUGCCUCUUGAACCCUCAUCUUUUUCAGGAACCCGAAAACCUUUAUGGGAUCUUACAAAAAAAACAAGCCAGGAUCUCUGAACAUGUGUGGAAUCUCUGAGAACUUUUGAGAAAUCUUGCGACUCUUUUUUGGGAUCUUACGAAACAAAAAAUGUUAGAAUCUUCCAAAAGCCAUUUGGGAUCUCUGGCAAAAUAUUGGAAAAUCUUACAGAUGCUGUGAAAAUAACUUGGGAUUUUCUUAUAGUACUUUUGGGACUGAGAAUAACAUCUCAGACCAGUUUAAUUGGUUUUCAGUAAAAGUCAGAUAAAAGUCUGUAAUCGUUGUCUUCAGUGACCAGAUUGAAUGCUAGCAAUGCCAACCAACAGCAACAGGUUAUUUCUCUCUGCAUUUAUCUAUGACUGUUUUGAAAAUAGAUACAGUUUUAUGUGUGUGUUUUAGCAAAUUUUCAACAGUCAUAAAUGCAGUUGGACAGUUCCAUCUGUCACCACAUGUCCUGCAUGUGGCGGCCAUAUUGGAUCUAAACUGACGUUGCUCAACCUGCUUUCUGAAAAUGUUUGCACUAUGAUUUCUGAGGCAUAAUAAUUUGGCCUUGGUCUGACCUGUGGCUGUGUUACAUAAUGAAGCUGUACGCCUUGUGGCUGUAUUAAAAAUGAGAUGUAAAAAUAAACAGCUCUAUGCCUGUGGAACCUGCCGUUCUCUGGUGAGCUACUUGUGUGUAUGUAAAUAUAUAUACACAACUCAUUACUAUUUAUUUAAGUAUUGUACAUAUUCAUUUGGUUAUUUAUUGAUUUAUUUAUUCCAGAGUCCUGUUUAUUCGUCAGGCACCUGUGACAUUACUUUGAUGGUUGUAAUCACUUGGGUUUGUGGUGUAGCAGAGAGGAGGAGGUGGUUAUUUUCAGGGUCUGUGGGUGGGGUGGAGAAAGAAACCAUAGCUGUGAUUCUAACUGUUGCUCUCCUCGUAUUGGACAGUGAUAUACUCUAAGACCACUGUAUGUAUAACUGCUUGUUGUGAAGAUGAUCUACAGUGAUAUGACAAUAAAGAACUAAAACCACAAUCAAAA